UCCAAAUAGAGUAUUUACAUAAUUGUGUUCCGUUUUUGGUAGAUGAUUUCAUAAACUAGAAAUGAUAAAACAUUUUCACGCUGGCCGUGUUUACUCUGGCCGUUUUAUAUAACCAAAAUUAAAUAAGCUGAAAGCCUUGGCAUACAGUGAAAUGGAAUUUGGAAUAGUUGUUUAGACUGGUGCUUAAGCUCAUGUGCAGUGACUCUUCUAAACAUGUUCGGCUUAUAACUCAUAAAAUUAGGAUAAAACGAAAUGGAUCGAGUGGAGCUCUUUUUUCUUAUCCUGAUUGGCGUGCGUUUUUUCAGCUGUGUCCAGACAUCUAAGAACGCCAAUAUCAAAAGGUUUAACGAAGAGAUUGAGAAUCUAACAAAGGAAAGAUGUGCGUUUUUGGAUUACAUACUUGCUCAGGAUAAAGAGAUACAGAAAGCUAGGAGGUCCAGUCAGGUUGCGAAUCUAAUGAAUCUAAUAUGGGACAGAUGUGCGGUUUUGGAUUACAUACGUGCUCAAGAUAAAGAGAUACAGAAAGAUAGGUUUAACGAAGAGAUUGUGAAUCUAACAAAGGAAAGAUGUGCGUUUUUGGAUUACAUACUUGCUCAAGAUGAAGAGAUACAGAAGGCUAGGUUGUCCAGUGAGAAUGUGAAUCUAAUAUGGGAAAGAUGUGCGCAUUUGUAUUACAUACGAGCUCAAGAUGAAGAGAUACAGAAGGCUAGAAUGGAUCCAGAGCUAUUUCUACUUAUCCUGUUUAACGUUUGGACAUUUUGUGCUUUCACUUGGCCAUGGGUCCAGUCAUCUAAAGAAGCUGACCUAUCUUCAACAUACUUGAAAAAUAACAAAAGUCGACAGAAACAGAGGGACAUGUUUGAGAGGAAAAAUGCAACAAUUGUAAAGAUGAUAGAAGAGCAAAGAGCAGCCUUAAAUAAAGCCCGGGACAAAGAAAUAUCGAUGCAAAAAGAUAUUGACAGGCAAAAACACGAAUGUAAUGGUUUGAGAGACAAACAAAAAUCGCUGAAGAAAGUAAUUGAACAGCUGGAGAAAGAAUGUCACGGUUUGAGAAAGAGCAGCAAUUUGCGGCGUACUGCUUUGAUAAAGAAACAAAGCGAAUUAGAUAAAAGAAAAAAAGAACUUCUUUCACUGCAAGCAACAAUCAAAGAAAAAGAUGAAUGCCUUCGAAAGUAUUAUGACGCACUAAGUGAGUUGAAACUUGAAAUAUCGGAUAUGGAAAAAGAACUAAAACUGCAAACCGAAAGACAUAACGAAGAACUGGGACAAAUAUCAACGUUAAAAGAAGAAAAGGAAAAAUAUAUGGAAGGAACGGCCAAUAAACAGGACGAAUACUGUUGCUUACAUGUGUGGCAUGACUCACAUGCCUCCCUUGAAACGCCUACAGGGACGUAUAUAAGUAUUCAUCCUCCUCAUAGUACUUUGUUUUCCACAAAUGUGAAAUCACUGAAGGAGGAUAUCAAGCACCUACAGAAAAUACCAAGCUCUAAUAUUCCUUUAUUUGGUCUUAAUGUGGACGCUAUCGAUGAAUGGUACAAAACCAUUGUGUACCCUGAACAAUUAAGAGAUCAUUACUGGAUGUUAGCAACUGCUCUUACAAAAGGAUCCGUGUUUUUUGAGAAUGAAUUUGCAACGUUCGCUGAUAAGGAUUAUACUUAUAAUAACGCCACUAUUUUUUGCGCUGCAGACGAGUAUGCAAAGCAGCAGUUUUCAUUGACAACUAUUUAAGAGCUAAAGAAAGUGGCUCAAAGACUUUUGGUAAAUAAGUACAGAAUUACACAAAAAGAUUGAACGCUUGCAAUAAAAGGAAAUACAGUUUAACUAAAUACGUAUGAGUAUUUCAAAUGAACGAACGUGGUGUGUUACACGUACGUUACUUAUGCAAUACGCAUUCCGCUUAUGAUAUGUCAAAACAAUGAUAUUAUAUAUUAAGCAUUGUAUGCGUAAAGAACGACGCAGAAAUUUGUUUUAUUUCUAUUAAUUUUUUUAAUAACAUAUGUUAUGAAAUACACCGGACUGUUUCGUAUAAGCAAGUACAAUAAUAUAUUAAUUGUAUAACACUCUCAUAUAAAUGCUUUCGAAAGUAAAUAUUUUAAACUGUAAAUUUUGAAUAACUUUGUUCAUACAAAAAAAACAUAUUUGAUUUUGUGUUUGUGUGUAUGGGUAGAAAUUGCUUACAUCCUUCUUUAUUGGCACCAAUUUUUUUAUAAUUUGGAGAACCAAUUUUUAAUUUUGUUUAGGUGCGUAUUGACUGCGAAAUCCUUCACAAAUGGGAUCUCAAGUGCAUGUUACAGGGAAUUACACCACGUUCAGGUUACUCAUGUUUUUAAAGUGAAAAACAUCCCGAUUCUCAUCAAAACUAAGUGGGGUGUUUUCUUCAGGAUCCGAGUGUAAACAUGUUUCGCUUUCUUGCUGUAACAUUAGCACCACGGGAUUUGAAAAUGUUUCACCAGAAUUGUGAUAUAAUUGAUAUAUUUCACUAUCGAGACGCACUCGCUUACAAACAUCCUGUGUUUUUCCGUGUUGUACUACUCAGAGAUCCCGUGUAAAACCUAGGCUAAAAACCGAAACGCGUUUAAAGGUCCCGAAUGAAAACCGAAUCGACAGGAGCUCUAGAUAGUGCGUUACGAUAAAGCUUCUGUUAUCACCUGAUCAAUAUUUUUGUUUCGAUGGUUUGACAGACAUCUUAGCAUACCUCUUUUUAUACUGCUAUGAAAGUGAAUAUAUGUUAAAAUUAUUUAAGUCUGGAGAUCUAGCUCUUGUUGAUAAAUUCAAUAGCACGUUUGGAUAUAUUGAUGAUAUUCUAAGUUUAGAUAAUCCUGUGUUUACAGAUAACAUUCAUUUGAUAUACCCUUCACAAUUGCAACUUAAUAAAUCUAAUACAUCCGUUUUAAAAGCAUCCUAUUUAGAUUUGCAACUAGAAGUAAAGGAAGAUAUAUUGAGCAUCAAUGAUUAUGAUAAACGUGAUGAUAUAUUGCCUGAAUAUGUACAGAUGUAAAAAAAAUCAGCUCUCGCAGUAAACUUAUGACGCAAAAACUUCUAAAACAGGGCUUCCGAUAUUUUAAAUUAAGGAAAACUUUCUCAAAAUUUGUUAAUGGUCAUUAUAAUCUCAUAUUAAAGUACAAUAGUAGUCUUAAAUCGCUCAUUGCUGAUAGUAUUGCUCAUCCCGAUUUGUAUGGUGAUGUUUUAAAGAAAUUCGUAAAAUUAAAAUGUUUCCAGUAGGUAGUUGGGCAGAUAGACUUAAUAAAUUACUUGGAUUUUAUUUAAACCGUGUAUAUAAAGGCAAUAUUUUGAAGAGCACUUGCCUUCUUGUUUUUGAAGAUGAUUACCUGAAACAAAAUAAUGGGUUGAAUAUAGCAUCCUUUCAUAACUAAACUUUUAGUGCUUUGAUUUUUAUGAAGAAUUUGCUAAUUCAUGUUAUCUUUAAAAACUUUUUUGGCGGACACGUGUUGCUUGACACCGAUUGUUUUGGCUGUGACUUAAUAUUCUUCAAAUAUUUUACGUUUUCAAAUCAUUUGGAAGGAGAGAACGGCAUAUACAAGUCGCUUUUAUUUUUAAUAAUGUUUUUCUUUAUUUGUUCCCAGUUUUAGUACAAUGAUGCUUUGUAUUAUGAAACUCUAUGAUCACACAGUUUUAAACCUUUUAUUUUAUAAGGCAGACUGUGUGUGAUGUUUCUGGUUUCUAACAAUGACUGCAUCGUAUCUUUGAAAAGUAUUUGCAUUAGGUGCUCUGAAUUGUUUCCCUCCGUCUGCAGAUAGAGUGAGGAUCUCUAAUCAUUGAAGUACUUGGGGUUUACCUUUUCGUUUUUUAUUAUUAUUUGUUGUAUUGAUAAGUUUCCUCACGUUAAUGCAUACUUUGAUAAGAUUUACCUUUUGCGUUUUAUCUUUAUUAAGAAUUGUUGGGAUAAGAGGUUUGUGCACAUAAACUGGUUUAAACCCCCAGUAAAUUUACAUUUUACUGACCGUUCGAAGGCGGAACCUAACAAUUCUUGAUAAACAUACCAAUAUAUAUAUAUAUAUAGUAUUUAUGCACUGUGCUGUUUGUAGAGUUUUGUGCUGUUCUAUGUGUCUUGUUUGUGAAUUUGUGUUCUAUGUCUUUGGCGUUUGCCCAUUGCCACUUAAUCGGGUUUAUGUUUUAACUUUUUGCUACUGAGCAUGUUUCUGUAGCUUUUUGCAUAUAUAUUGAUGAUACUGAUUUUAGUUUAACAUUUUUCUGUUCAAUAUGCAAUAUAUUUAAUGCUUUCACAGCUUGGAAAUCAUAUUUACUGGCCUAGAGGUUUAUCCAAUAUUAUUUUCUAAACUGUUUACUCGUCAAAAUGUAUAUGAAAUAACUAAUAAAUAAGUA